UGUCAGAUUUUUUAUCUGUUCAAAAGGGUGAUUGAACUGCCUCAUUGUUAUUUAUUGCAUUUGACUCUAAUAAUACUUACAUUAAUUAGCCGUUUUACGGGUACAGUGAGUGCAAUAUAAUACAUAACAAAUCUUGACAAUCAUGCCGAUGUGAGUAAUAUCAGAGGUGUGGCGCGUCGUUUUUGGGCGUUGUAUCUUCUGAAACAGUGACAUUUGGUGUUUCGAAAAAUAUUUCUACUAUCAAGACACAAGAUGACCGAAUACAAGCUAGUAGUGGUAGGCGCUGGAGGCGUGGGAAAGUCUGCAUUGACCAUACAGUUGAUACAGAACCAUUUCGUCGACGAGUACGAUCCUACAAUCGAAGAUUCAUACAGAAAGCAGGUAGUGAUUGAUGGUGAGACGUGCCUCUUAGAUAUCUUGGACACUGCUGGUCAAGAGGAGUACUCUGCUAUGAGAGACCAGUAUAUGCGGACAGGAGAAGGAUUCUUGCUUGUUUUCGCUGUGAACAGUGCAAAGAGUUUCGAAGAUAUUGGUUCAUAUAGGGAACAAAUAAAACGAGUAAAGGAUGCUGAGGAAGUACCUAUGGUGUUAGUUGGGAACAAGUGUGACUUGCAGGCCUGGGCUGUGGAUAUGACACAAGCACGAGAGGUGGCAAGAAGUUAUGGAGUACCAUUUGUAGAAACAUCAGCCAAGACCCGCAUGGGAGUCGACGACGCGUUCUACACUCUGGUCCGAGAAAUACGCAAGGAUAAGGAAAGUAGGGGAAAGAAGUACAGGAGGGGUCACAAACUGGGAUCCAGGCGGACUUUUAAAUGUACAUUAUUGUAAAUGAAUGGGUUUGUAUUAGUUGGAAAUUAAAUCCGGAGUUGUAGGAGUGAUAUAUGGUGGAGUUAUGUGAUAUCAGUGCCAUGAAAAAAAUAUACCUGCUUUAUUUCUCUGCA